AUGGAGUGGAUGCAUCAAUAUAUGCAAGAUACUGGUCUCUUACCCUCGGAGGAUGAAGAAGAGGAGAAUGAGAAGCCAUACAAGUUGCACAAGAUCAGGCGGAUUUUCCAUUCAUGUGCCUUCACUGAGUCACAUAAACUUAGUUGUGCAACACUAAAGUUAGACAAUGAUGUUGUUCAGUGGUGGGAGGCAUUGGAUUCUGUUGUUCCUGAGGCUACACUUCGUUUUAUGACCUCGGAUGCCUUUAGCCAAAGGCUUCAGGAACGUUUUUGUCCAUUGGGGAAGAAUUACUGCCCCACCAAGGAAAAGCUGGUGGAGCACUAUGUUGAGGGGUUACUGGCAGAGUAUCGGGCUACUAUGAGAAGAGGGGGAGAGAGGGUCAUUCUGAAUCCUCCAAGAAGAAGAAGAUAUUUUUUAGGAGAAAGGAGACAAUUCGGGUUUCUAUGGGAAAUGAGGUUCCCGAAUUUGAAAGUCAUUAUAGGCGGUUCAGAUCAGAAGACAGAGAAAGAAAAUUCUCUAGCACAUGCAUUUCAGAUGAUAGUCGAGGAGGGCAUACACGAUGAAUAG